UGUCGAUCUACUUCCUGUAAUGUAUCAUUUUAGUGUUCACUUUCGUUUUUUACUCAAUGUUUAAAAUUCUAAUGUUAUAGGCCUAUAGUCAAUUAUGAGCAGAAGUUUGGAGGAAUUAACUGACACUCCCUCAUUGUAAGGUCACAGUUUAAGCAGUUCAUCAUGACUCGAGGACUAGACACAAUUAACAUUUCUAAAGCCUCCACCUUAACGAACCUUUUCUACCUGUUCUUUCAUGGUGGAAAAGCUGCAGUCAUUCCAUUCCUCACGCUGUUCUUCCGCCUUGUUGGACUAAAUGCGUUGGAUGCUGGCAUCAUAAUUGCAGCCAAGACAUUGACUAGUCUUAUUUGGGCGCCGUUAUGGUCUCGGUGUGCGACUGCCUACAACAGGCACAGGCUUGUUCUCAUGCUUUCAUUAUUUAUGAUGAUGGUGACGUAUUUAUCCUUCCCUGCGCUAUACACCCAGCUUUCAAGUCCACAACAUUGCCUCCCCUCUCCACCGAAUAUCACAGGUUCAUUAGAUACAGAAUACCCUGUAGAAAGCCUGAAAUCAACCACAGACAGUCCCAUCUUAUCAACAGAGAAUCCAGAUAUUGCAGCAACGACAGGAUUUAAUUCUACAUUCAGUUCCCUUUCACAUUUGACAACACAGUCUACAUUAUCAACCAGCACCACAGCUGAAAGUUUGACCUCUGCUGUUAACGCCAGUGUUAACCAGACUGACAUCGAUACUAUGAAAGAGAAAAACCCUCCUGGAAUUUUGGGAACAGAGGAUCAAAUCCAGCUUGACGAGAAAAUUCUUGCGAUAUUGAAUAAGUUGAACCUCACAGACUCUGACCUCAACAAGAUUACUAUUUCAGAAUUAAGUACUUUGUUACAACCGUUAUUCAGCAAUUCUUCUAAAGACCAGUUAAAUGAACUAAGCAGCUACCUGAAGGAGGAAAGACAACCAACAAAGCCCCGAUCACGUAGAUCAAAAGAAUCUGUGAGUCACCACCUCAACAAACGCAGUGAGUGGCCCAGCCUUGAUGACCUCAAGGACAAGCUCCACACCAUCCAGACUACCUUACAGAGAGACAAGUUUCUACUUUUUCUUGUUGUUUUAGCCAUUGUUGUUUUUGGGGAAAUUUUUGCCUCCCCUGUGGAAAAAGUAGCGGACGACUCCUGGUUUGACUUCCUGAAUCGGAUUGAUGACUUGGAGCGAUACGGUCAGCAAAGAUUCUGGGGUUCCAUUGCUUUUGUCUUGGUUCCUAUCAUAGUUACUGUGGCUGUUGAUCACACCCCUUGCUUCCUUCCCUACCAGCUCCAUCACUAUCUGCUGCAUUUUUAUAUCUUUGCUAUUCUAAUGGCUGCUGCUUUAGUCAUCUCCUGCUGCUACCCUGUUCCCCCGCCUGUAAACAGCAAACACACGUCUAAGUUAUGCAAGGGUUUGCGUACAGUCUGCUGUGACGGCCGUGGUUUCUUGUUUUCUGUCACCCUUUUUAUUACAGGCACAGUGUACGCGGCCUACCACAACUUCUUGUUUUGGAGAAUGCAAGAUCUCGGAUCAUCAGAAACUGCCAUGGGUCUGUGUGUCUCGAUAGGCGCUUUUGCUGAGAUCCCAAUGUUACUAAUGAGUGGACGGUUGGUUAAAAAAUUAGGCCCGUCUUGGAUGGUGUCUGUGGCAUUGUUAGUACUCAGCCUCCGUGUUUUGUACUACGCUUUUAUCCCGUACCCAUGGGCGAUCCUUCCCAUUGAGCUUACCCAUGGUGUCACACACACAACUCUUUGGUUUGCUAUUCUUAGCUAUGAUGACUUCAAUAUAGGCGCUACACAAGACAGAACUUUCAGAUCUAUCCUCUCCUCUUUCUACUUUGGCAUUGGCUUCUCAGCAGGAAGUUUCAUAGCUGGCAUGGUGUAUCAUUCUUAUGGCUCAUCUGUUCUGUUUAUUGGCGGCAGUGUUGUGACGGGCUUGUGGUUUGUUUUGUUUUCACUUAUCCAGAUGUGCAUUCCCCAUAAAGAGAAGGUGCGCUACAUCAAGCUGCUGCGUAGUGAGUCUGAUAACUCAGAGGAUGAAGAGGAAGACUGGUUAGAAAUGGCUCUCAAGGAUCACUAAGGUUUAUAUGCUAACAAAUCUGUACCUAGACUCAUUGAGAGGCACCUUUAAGCAACUAGUCAGAGAAUUGCUCUCAUGUAAUACUUCUAAAAAAAAAAAAAUCUUGUUUCAUCUGCCUUACUGUUUUAUUUUACAAGUGUAAAAUUGUUAUCAUGUAAUAUAUUUUUUUAUCCUUUUCCAACUGCCUUGCUACUUUUUUAAAAGUUCAAAAAGUUCUAUUAAUGACCAGCUUUAUGGCAAUUUGAAACAAUUGUUGUAUGAUGAGUGUUCUUUUUCAAUUUCAGUAUUUGUUUUCAGUUGUAAUGUUUGCCUUUUUAACCUUAUGUUCCAUUCCAUUUUAAGUAUUAAGCAGUUUUAUUUUUAAAAUUAGUUUUCUUAUUACAGAAUUCCCAUUUGAUAUUUUUAUAUCUGAAUUUUGUUAUUGAUUUGUCUUAUUUCCUCUCCAUUCCAAGUGCAAUUAAUUCAAUUUUCUGAGGGAAAAUUUGAUUAAUAACUGUUACCUCCCUUUAUUUUGGUCAAAAUUUUAAUUUGAAUAGGCCUACAUUUUAAACAUUUUAUUUAUUAUAGUAUUAUCAGUUUAGUUUAUCAUUAAAACAAUGUUGACAUAAUAGUUUCCUCAUUCAUAGAGAAAUCAUUUGGUUUUUUUUUAUCAAGUGCAAUUAUUUAAUUACACAAUUUUUAUUUUGUUUUAAAAUAUUUUGUCUCAACAUCACAACCAAAGUUAAAGUGCAAUAUAUGUAACAAUUAAUUUUUAAUCUGUUGUAAUUGAUUUUUAAUUAUCUUUUCUACUCUCUAUGCUACAUUCCUUGAGUGAUGAGAUUCCAAAAAACCAUAAUGUUCUACAUUUCUGUGAUUGCUUACAAACUUUCUAAUGCCUAGAAAUUGUUUUGUUUUGUUACAAUAUUCCAUAUUUUAAAAAUAUUAUUGUACCAGUAUAUUUACACCAGAUAUUGGGGUUGGUUUUUGUUUUUACACUCUGCUUUAAGAUCAGCUGUGUUCAUUAUGCAAGUGCCUUCAAUUAAUGUUUACUUAGGCGCAGAAUAUUUUAUUUAAAUUAAUCAUGUGCUAAACUUUUUUUUUCAAUGGCUCAAAAUUAUUGAUUGACUUUUUUAUACAAAUGUUUAACUGUAUACAAGAAAUUGACUGACUCCUAUCUGAUUGAAACCAUGAUUUAUUUUUUAUUUGUUUAUGACAAUGAUUGAUUUACUGAUCGUAUACAGGUAAUUGUUGAUUGUACUUGGUGUGAUUGUCUGAAUACAACCUCAGGUAGUCUGACUGUUGGCUAUGCUAGCUGAUGUUUGAUUCUAAGGUAUUUUUAAAGACCCUUCCUACUUUCUUCAAGAAAGUUUACAUGACAUAAUAUAUCAUAAUUUGUCGCAGACAAAAUAUUUGUCUUUAGAUAUUUUUUUUUUAGAUAUUUUAUACCAAAAUAUUUUUCCUGCGUGGGUUGGAGUGGCCUAGCGGUAGAGCGCUAGACUGCUAACCCGAAAGUCUUGAGUUUGAAUCUUUGUACAAGACAGUAGAACGUUCCCAGAGUCCUCCUAGCUCUGAUGGAUACUUAACUCAUGUUAGGGAAAUUAAAGACGGCUUGGUAUAGUUCUGACCACACUAUCCCUUCAUAUGCUGAGUUCACAAAAAACAGGUGAACUCUACUUCACUUACCCCAUGAGCCAUCAGAUUCGAAAGGGAACUUUAAAAUGUUUUAUUCUGAUAUAUUUUACCCUGAGUUAUUUAGCCUGAAACAGAAAAAUGUUAAGAUGACCACCAUAGUUUAAAAAUGAAUGGCUUAAUGGUGUAAUUACCCUGACACACUCCCCACCCACAACUCCCCAUCCCACAAUACACAUUCCAGUGUUACAUAUUGUGCUUUGAUUGACACCAGCACUCAAAACCUAGCCAGCUGGACGGUUGCCAUUGACAUCUUUAGCUCAGAUUUAAGCUCAGACACAUAGCUAGAGCUCAUUGAUGCAUUUAUUUAUCAUUAGUGUAGGUAGCUUGACAUCAGCAAUCAUACCUGACAUUCAGUACAGUUUUAAUUAUGUUACUCUUAUGUUAUUGAGUUCAUCUCUAAAGUUCAUCAGUAUAUUUUGUGGUUUUUAUUUUUAAUUUCUAGUCUAUGUUAAAUAUUUGUACUAAAUAACUCAUCACUAAGCUUUAAGAUUAUUGACCAUGACUUACUAUUUUUUUGUUAUAUUUAUUAUAAUUUGUUUUGUCAUUCCUAGUCUUUAUAAACUAUUUGUACGAGAAAAUCAACUAUGACUUACUAUUGUCAACUUUUUUGUUAUAUUUAUUUUGUUAUUCCUAGUCUUCUUCAACUAUUUGUACUAGUAUACCAAUCAUGACUUACUAUUUUCUUUUUUAGUUACAUUUUUUGUUAUUCCUAAUCUUUGUUAACAAUUUCUACUAAUUAAUGCAAAUCAUCAGCAAGCCUUAAGAUUGUUACCAUGACUUAUGUCUCCUUCUUUUUCCUUUUAUUCACUAUGUAUUUCCAGGUGCCUUAAUCUUUAAAUAUACUCUCAUAUUUAUUCUUAGAUGAAACUAUUUACACUGUAUAUAAAUCAUUUAUAUAUACCCUUUUAUUUAAAAGAAAUACUAUUUGCAUGGAAACUUUUAUUUAUAUUUGAUAAAUUCCAAUCCUAAUGAAUUUGUGAACGUUUAAAGUUUUGUGCUUGCUCUCAACAGUAAUAUUACCCAAUUUCUUACUUAUAUGGCGAGUAAUGAAGUUGAAUGUUAUUUUACUGCAUGUCAUAUUCUUAUGGUCAAUAAUAUCACUGAAUUCCAUUUCUAAUGUAUCUGAGAAAGCAUCUUCUAUAUCUGUCACAUUUAGUUUUGAUUAUCAGACUUGAGUGCUCAUUUUUCAUCAUCCUUCAUUU